CUUAGGGCUUAGGGGUUGAGUUCUUAGCUGUUGAAGAAUAUUAUUAUUCUUUUAUCUUCUUCGAUCGGUUGAUGCAUGUUGUUUUUUUUGUUUUGAACCCUUCCAGUAUUUUCAUGAUUAUCUUCUCAUUUUUCGAUUCCACCGCUAUCUUAACAUCACUUUUUUGGAUUUUUUAUUUAUUUCAAUCUAUCGAUUCCGCCACUAUCAUAACAUCACCUAUUUGGAUUUUUUAUUUCAAUCUAAAAAAUGUCGAUGAAACGGCAAUCGCAAGACGAUUCCAAGUCUAGACUCGAUGCAGGUUCUUCUGAGGAUAAACGUCGCCGGAGUUUGCCUUCUUUCAGCAGUGUGAUUACAGAAGUAAUGAAUAUGAGUAAAGUGCAACAUUUUAUGGAGCCAGUUUUGGAGCCACUUAUUCGUAAAGUGGUAAAAGAGGAAGUUGAAUUGGCUCUCAGGAAGUACAUGACCACCAUUAAGCGGAAUUGUGGGAAAGAUGUAUUUGCUUGUGAACUUCGAAGCCUGAAACUGAAGUUUUUAGAUCUCAUCUCUCCCCCAGUAUUUACUGGAACUCGCAUAGAAGGAGAGGAAUCUAGUUUGAAAGUAGCCCUGGUUGAUGUUCUUACUGGGGAAGUUGUCUGUAGUGGUCCUGAAUCCUGUGCAAAAGUUGAAAUAGUAGUACUCGAAGGAGAUUUUGACGGUGAUGAUGGGGACAAUUGGACUGCAGAUGAAUUUAAGAACAACAUUGUGAGAGAAAGGGAAGGAAAGAAACCUCUCCUUACUGGGGAUGCAUUUUUGUAUCUUAAGGAGGGCAUUGGCUGGGUGAGUGAUAUUUCAUUUACUGAUAACUCAAGCUGGACAAGAAGUCGUAAAUUCAGGCUGGGUGCUAGGCUUGUUGAUAGCUUUGAAGGGAUCAGUGUACGAGAGGCGAAGACAGAAUCCUUCAUUGUCAGGGAUCACCGAGGAGAGUUGUACAAGAAGCACCAUCCCCCUUCUCUUUCAGAUGAGGUAUGGAGGCUGGAAAAGAUUGGCAAAGAUGGAGCUUUUCACCGACGUUUGAGCAAGGAAAGAGUCAAUACCGUGAAAGAUUUUCUGACUCUACUCUAUCUAGAUCCUACAAGGCUUCGGAAUGUUCUUGGGACAGGUAUGUCCACCAAAAUGUGGGAAGUCACGGUUGAACAUGCUCGAACUUGCUUGCUUGACAAGAAAGUGUACUUAUACUACACAUCUGUAUCUGGUCCAAAAACCGGUGUUGUUUUUAACAUUGUUGGACAAGUGAUGGGGCUUUUUCCAGACUGCCAGUUUGUUUCUUCUGAUAAAUUGUCCGAAACUCAAAAGGAUGAUGCUCGUAAUUUGGUGAUUUGUGCAUUCAGACACUGGGAAGAAGUAGUCUCUUUUGAGGACGAGUCCUCUCUUAUGGAUUGGGUUAUGCAAAUUUCCACUGUUCAGUUCCCCUCAAACUCACCCAUGGUGGGUAACUCUGAUACCAGUGACGAUGUUUUAGCUUCCCAGAAGGUUAGCAGAAGUGAAUAUCAGCCACUAUGUGCGUCAACGCCUGAUAUCAUGCCAUCUUUCUGUUCAAUUGCUGGUUUCAGCAGCUUGGAUGACUAUGUCUUGCAUGGUAUAGACAACAUGGAUGUUGCGUUUGACCAACCAUUAAAUUUCCCCGGGCAAGACACCAACUCCUUGAUGGCUGAUGCUGAUUCUAUAACUCCCCCAUCAUUUUGUGAUGAUGAUCAUCUGCCUUUCUUUGAUACCGACUAUUCCCUUCCCAGUUCAAGCUUUGCUCCAUCACCGGAUCUACAAUGUACUGUCAACAGCUUUCUUGCUCAUAGUAGUUCAAUUGUUCCUCUGGAUAAAGCUCAAAGGAGAUGGAAGAUGCUAUUUAGUGUUCUCAGAUGGUUCUCUGUAAGGAGAAUCGUGAACAAAAGAAGCAUCAUAUCUUGAAGAGUGAUCUUCUCCUUAUGCUGAGGUAAACGAAUCUGUAGGAAAUUGCUGCCCGAUGCAAAAUUGUGUGCAGUAGUAGAGUCGGUAGAAUUUUCUUUAGAUAUAUGUAAAAUUCUCAGUUAGCACCAAUCAUGCUUUCCAGUUUUCAUUUUUUAAA